UUUAGAAAAGAAAAGGAGAACUCUCAAAUGCUGUGUCAAUUCAGGAACUCAGUAGAACAAUGGAAUCCCAUGCUGAGGUAGAAAAUUUGGAUGAAGAUGGUUAUACUCAAUUAGACUUCCACUCUCAAGGCAUCACUGGGAGACGUGUGGUGUUAGAGAAAGUAACUUGUGCUAUGUCUCCUCAUUGGCGUUCCAUUGCUCUGACUUUGGGAAUCCUAUGCUUGCUAAAACUGGUCAUAGCUGUGAUCCUGGGUACCAUGGCUAUUUGGAAAUCCAAUUCAGGGAGCAACCCAUUGAAGAACGGCACCUUUCCAUCAAGAAAUAAAGAGAACCACAGCCUACCCACACAAUCAUCUUUAGAAGACCACGUGACUCCUACCAAGUCUCUCAGAACCACAGGAGAUUUUUCCAGCUCUUGUCCUCCUCAUUGGAUCAUACACAAGAACAGCUGUUAUCUAUUUAGCACAUCAUUAACUUCCUGGAAUAGAAGUAAAAGUCAGUGUUCUCAACUGUACUCUAACCUCCUGAAGAUAGACAGUGCAGAAGAACUGGAAUUUAUAGUAAGGCACUUGUCUUCUCAACCUGAUAAUUCAUUCUGGAUAGGACUUUCUCGCCAUCAGACUGAAGGACCAUGGCUCUGGGAGGAUGGCUCAGUGUUCUCUUCUAACUUGUUUCAAAUCAGAAGCACAGAAACCCAAGAAAGCUCAUCUCACAAAUGUGUGUGGAUUCACCUGUCAAUAAUUUAUGACCAACUUUGUAGUGUGCCCUCAUACAGUAUUUGUGAGAAGAAGUUGUCAAUAAAAUGAUUGGGGUGUCACUGUGGAAGACCAGAAGAAAGUAUGUAAAAUAAUAAGGGAAGAAAACAACACAGAAAAGAGAUAUUUGAGGUCAAAAUAAUGGCUGAAAAUAUCAAGAGAGCUCAGCCAACUUUAAUCUUAGAUGAGAAUGGAGAAGCUAUAAUUCUGCACUUACCAAAUGAAUUAGAAGAUCAGUAUUAGGUUCUAAUUAAUAGAGCCCUAGAAAUGGAGUCAGGUCAGCUGAACUUACAUCUUCUGACUUAAUAUUAACAUGGAAUUAGCCAAAAAUCCUUGGUGUUUCAAGAAGAUAAUUAUUUCUGGGUAUACUAGGGUUGCUUUUUGUCCUUAAAAAGUGCCCCUGGGGGGUGCCUGGGUGGCUCAGUGAGUUGACCGCUGCCUUCGGCUCAGGUCAUGAUCUCAGAGUCCUGGGAUCAAGCCCCGCAUCGGGCUCUCUGCUCGGCAGGGAGCCUGCUUCCUCCUCUCU